GCGCAGUCGGCCCCGAGACCCAGGCGGCGCGCGCGCAACGACCGUAGGCUUGUGAAAGGUUGGAUGACUCAUCAUCACCGGCCAUGAACGAGUACGCCGAAUACGAUUGGAAGUUGCAUCAAAUGCAGAACGAGCGUCUCUGCGAAGUCACCAGGAAGCGACUCACCGAUGGCGACAGGCAACGUGCUCUAGAUGGAUUAAAAGAGGCUGUGGACUCGAGCCUAAACCUCGCAUUACGCGACAAAAGUCGGUGUCAGGACGACAACUUUUUAAGGAGGUUCCUGUACGCAAGCAAACAUGAUGUGCAACAAAGUUUUGAAUUAUUGGUACGUUAUCAUCAAAAUCGAAGAGAACAUCCCGAGUUGUGGGCACAAGCAGAUGGCGGAGUGCUGCGAGCAUUGGCAGAUGGACUUCCCGGCGUGCUAGCUGAAAGAGACCGUCGAGGUCGAUGUGUACUACUCAUGUUUGCUUCUAAUUGGAUACCACAUGCUUGUCCGCUCCUCUCAGUUUGUAGAGCUUUAAUUCUCACCCUCGAGCAUACUUUGGCCGAUGUUCAAAACCAAGCUAAUGGAUAUGUCAUCAUCGUGGAUUGGAGUGAAUUCACUUUUAAACAAUCGUGUAGUUUACAAGCUAAAGUGUUGAAGCUUCUAAUUGACUGCCUUCAAGAUUGCAUGCCGGUGCGGUUUAAAAGCAUACAUUUCAUCGGGCAACCUUGGUAUGUGGAAACGGCUCUCGCAGUAAUAAAACCGUAUCUGAAAGCGAAGACGCGAGAACGAAUAGUGCUACAUGGAAACAACCUAUCGACACUUCACGAUUCGCUGCCGCUGGACAUACUCCCUGCGGAAUUAGGGGGAGAGGGGCCCUCAUAUAAUUCCGAGCGGUGGUUACAGGAAUUCUGCCGAAGCGAAAAGAUAGUCCCCUCACCUGUCAGCUCUGUUCCUGUCGCACAUACGCCUGCAUUUGAAAAUGAUCCACCCUCAGCUAAAUUAAAUAAAACUUAUAUUCAGAAGGAUAACGCAAAUUUCUCAUUUCAUGGAAACGAGAAGAGUGCGAAGUCAGAGUUACUGCGUGAUAAAGAUUGACCUUAUCGCUUUGAUCGAUCGCGUCGUGGAUAAUGGACAGUUCUGGGUGUAAGCACAGUUUAUUGUCGUCUGUGUACGUGCUGCAGGCGUUAUUUGUGAUAUCGAGUGUAUUGUUAAUUUAUUGUCUAGAGACUGUCGGGUGCAUUGAUUUAGAAAGCAGAUGGAAUAUAUUAUUAAGUAUAUUUAUAAAUGACCAGGGAUUUGAGCGUCGGUUAGUAGAGAGUUCACAUCGUGGUCGUUUAAUUAAUGAGUCAGUCAGGUUUAUGGUGCGCGGGGACCGAGGCGGCGCAUCCCGGCGCAGGCAGCGCAUGUAACGGUGUCGAGCUCUCGUUUUGCCCGACUCCGGCGCACGCAUCCGCUGUAGAUCGCGAGCGUUCCACUCGUUUUUCACUGCAUUUUUAAAGAAUUCAAAUUAUUUAUUUAACUAACUCUUACCCUGUAAGACAAUCUCACCAUGCUAUCACUCUAUGUUAGGCGUCGUGGCUAACAAUAAUACGCUUUGUUUGUGAGGCUUGUUGCGCAUUUACUAUUAUGUUUAAGUCUAUGUUUGGAAAAUAUACGAAGCAGAGAACAAGUGAAAUAUUUAAAUAAUAAAUAUCUAUUAUAUUUUGUUAGCAAUUGUUCGGGCUGAUGAGAGUCAAUGUCAAAGAUGAAUGUGAUUGUUGGCAACUAUUGGAACAGUAUUACUGGUUAGUCGGCCUUUAUUCGGUUUAUAGCUCUCUGUAACGAUUCUUCUCCAUUAAAUAAUUAAGUUUUAAGAGCUUUAGGUAAGAUAACUAUAGUGCCCGGCACGUAAGUUGAACCAAAAUUCUAUGGACGCUGUGCAAAAGAUUGUUUAGAUAAAAAAUUACUAAGUACUGCGUCUUCAGAAAGUGUCAACAUAAUAAAAGAAUUAUUAUAAAAAAAAAUUGUCAAAUUCUUUGGUCAACAUAUGCCGGGUGCUAUACGUUAAAUUUAUUGUAAAUACCUAUGCGCUGCUGUGACGAUAAACAAUAAUUUAUCUAUCACUAAUGUUAUUAUUGAAUAAUCAUCAUAAAUUUUAACUACAUGAUGACAAUUUGUGACUGAAAUUGUUACUCUCCAUUGAUAUUAUAAUGUAAUAAAUGUAUUGACAUUUAAAACUUUGUCUUUAUAUUCAUUAAACCAUGAAAUACUAAAUUCCUGAAUUUAGGAUUACAACACUUUGAUGAUAUAUGAUGCUUGUUGAUUAGAGCUGUGACAAUCAACACUUGGACUCUAGAUAAUAAUAAUUUUAGAUAAAAUAUACGAAACCUUACAUGGCAGCUACCUUCAAUGUCAUUAUUUGCUUGUUUCGUAGACACAGUCCUUUUCUUUAACAGUAGUCAAAUGUUUGACGACAAAAAUAUAAAUAUUUUAUUCGCAAAAUGUAUCACAUUUCACCAGAAAAAAGUAUAGAGGCCAAAUGUCAUGAUUGGUUCAAGAACAAAUGAAAGAAAAUUCGUGAUUUUUCUAAUAAUAUUAAAAGUCAUAUUGAGCUGAUGAUACCAAUUUAUUUUAAAAAUUUUUUAAAUGUUACGCAGCUUACAUGCUGAACUCUACGACGUAGAUUCCCUAGGUACAUAAAUGAUGACAUAAUAUUUUAACUUAUAUUCCUAUAAAUAUUUUGUUUAUCUUUUCUCAGUAAAUUCGUAUUAUGAUUAUUUUUGUUUAAGAUUUGUACUGAAAUUUAAUUUUUCUUUGUUCAUCCAUAAAUUUGAAGGAACAAUAAAGCGAUAAAUGACACACACGCUUUGGUAACGUUUGUAGUUUAUUUUACAAUCAUGUCAGUUUAUCGCCAAUAUGUAGUUGAUGCCUCUGGUUUGUUAGUUGUUAUAAAUGUAACUAUGGCAUGGAAAUUAUUCAAGGAAAAAUAAAAAAAUAUUGUAUUUACUCCUUUUAUCCUAUAUAAAGAAGAA